AUUUACUGUCUCGAUUAAUUAGUCGACUUUUAGCGUAUCACUUUUUGUUUAUAUCUUAAAAAGUAAUAAUGGGUCGACGUAAAUCAAAAAGAAAGCCUCCACCAAAAAAAAAGAAUAUCGAACCUUUGGAUCAACAGUUCAAUUGCCCAUUUUGCAAUCAUGAAAAGUCCUGUGAAGUAAAAAUGGAUAAAAGCCGAAAUACUGCAAAAGUUACUUGCAGAGUUUGCCUCGAGGAUUUCCAAACCAGUAUAAACUUUUUGUCUGAGCCUAUUGAUGUUUAUAACGAUUGGGUAGAUGCUUGUGAAACUGCUAACUAAUUCUGAAUUCGUCUUUGUGUAAUAUUAUUAGCUAAUUAACAGGCAUUUUAAAAUAUUAAAUAAACAUAAUUUUUUUCUUUUAUAAGAAAGAAAAAUAAAAUCAAAAAUUUAUUUAAUAUAAUAAAUA